CUCCCCCCGACAUUCAUCGAUGGAUCGGAUCUGCCUGGAGCUUGUCAUGUCUCUAUUGCUGCCUUGAUCGCCGUCUCCUUAUCGGUCUCCUCUCAUCUUGCGCCUUAGAAUCUCCCGACUACUACCUCAAGAUCUAUCCACUGCCCACUUCCCGCUGCUGCUGCUGCUGCCCAACGUCAUAGCCAUUUGGUAAUUCCGUCGCCGUCGCCGGCCGAUCGUCAAUUGCGCACUAUCAAAACAUGGCGGGGUGGUUCUCGUCAACUUCGUCGCUCGAUGAGCAGGUUGAGAAGGCGACCGCGUCUUCUUUGGAAGACAUCGCCCUCAACCUCGAGAUCUCCGAUUUGAUCAGAUCAAAGAGUGUUCAACCAAAGGAGGCGAUGAGAUCGUUGAAGCGACGACUGGAGAACAAGAAUCCAAACAUUCAACUGGCGACGUUGAAGCUGACGGACACGUGUGUAAAAAAUGGCGGUACCCACUUUCUAGCGGAGAUCGCAUCUCGGGAAUUUAUGGAUAACCUCGUCUCCCUCCUCAAGACAGAGGGUGUCCCACUGAAUGAUGAAGUGAAGGGAAAGAUGCUGGAACUGAUACAAGAUUGGGCUAUGGCAGCUCAAGGUCGUAUGGACCUGAGCUAUGUUGGCGAAACCUACCGGAGGCUUCAGGAUGAGGGGUUCCACUUUCCACCCAAGACUCAGAUUAGCGGAAGCAUGUUGGAGAGCAGUGCGCCCCCUGAAUGGAUUGACUCCGAUGUCUGCAUGCGCUGUCGCACAGCCUUCAGUUUCAUGAACCGCAAACAUCAUUGUCGCAACUGCGGUAACGUUUUCGAUGCGCAGUGCUCCAGCAAGACCCUUCCACUGCCUCAUAUAGGGAUCCUACAACCUGUUCGAGUGGACGACGGAUGCUACGCCAAAUUGACUUCGAAGGCAUUCUCAUCCGCUGCAAUUUCCGAUAGAUCUGCAUUUAAGAACAACUCCAUCACCAAGUCCAGCGUCAUGGAGCCUCGUGGAGGCCGGGCGGAGAGCGGGUUUGAUGACGAUUUACGUCGUGCUUUGCAAAUGAGUUUGGAGGAGGCUCAAAAUAAAGGCUCGGGCGGUUAUGCUCCACAAAAUAAGAUUGUUCGGGAGCCACCUAAACCCGUCAGUCAACCCAGUAUAGAGGACGAGGAAGAUGCGGACUUGAAGGCUGCCAUCGAAGCAUCUUUGCGGGACAUGGAACAACACAAGCAGAAGCACGCAGCCGCCCUGAAAAACACACCUGUCGUGGAUGUCCCGGCUCAUUCGAGCUCAGGAGCGGCGCCAGUUCCCAAGAACCCCUACGAACUUAGCCCAGUGGAAGUAGAGAAUAUUCAUCUCUUCGCUGCUCUCGUUGACCGACUGCAGCACCAGCCCCCGGGCACUAUUCUACGCGAGCCGCAGAUUCAGGAGCUGUAUGAGAGCAUUGGAGCGCUUCGGCCGAAGUUGGCACGAAGCUAUGGUGAAACAAUGAGCAAGCACGAUACGCUCCUAGAUCUUCAUGCCAAGUUAUCGACGGUCGUUCGCUACUAUGACCGCAUGCUGGAGGAGCGUCUCUCCAGCGCCUACGCUCAGCAUAAUUUGGGUUAUGGAGCGAUCCCCGGCGGGUCACCAUACCCCAAUAUUUACCCCUCGAUGCCGGCCCCCGCGAUGGAGGCGAAAGCAGGCACCGAGAACUAUUAUUAUGGAAACCCCAAUAUUGCCGAACCCCCCCAGUCCUCCGGCACACCUUACUCGCAGCUUCCCUCAGACAGAGAGCGCACCAGAACGAUGAGCCCAAGCCUCUACCCACAGCCCUCUCAAACUAUGUCGCCUAACGCGCCGUGGAAUGGAAACCCCCAUGCGGUGGCAUCACCUCAGAUGGCUGGUGCCAAUGCGGCACCUCCCGGCAACCCUUCGGCCUUUGCGCCACCCACGCAAUUUUAUGCACCUCCACCGCAUCCCGAACAGGACCCGAACCUAUACCAGCAACCGCGGCAUGGGGAGCCGGACGCACCUUAUCAGCAAUCGCCUGUGAUGCGACAUGACUCUCAUUAUCAACCGUCGGCCCCGAGCGCCCCGAGCGCCCCGGAUCAAUCACCCCCGGCUGACCCAGUGUCGGCCCCCGCUUACUCGCACUUCUUUCCGGAUCCUAAUUCGAUGCAACCUGGCGGUCAACCGGCACUGCAGCAGCAGCCCACGGACCCGUCGAGUUCAUCGUUCUAUAGUCAACAGCAGCCUCCUCCUCCUCCCCACGGUCCUCCUUUCACUGGUUAUCCGCCAGGAGUACCAACACAUCCUCAUCCAACCGGAGGAGAAUAUCCUUCCGGUGGGGUGUCCGGGGCUCAUCCAUCAUACCAACAAACAACGCCCUCACGGCCACCCGUCGAGGAAAGUUUGAUCGAACUGUAGAGUGGGCUGGUUAGUGGUCAGUGCGGGAUAGGAGCGGUCAAGUUGCGCUUUGGGGCAAGGAAGGAGGAGAGUUGUUCUAUUGGUGUUUUACUUUUUAUGUAGGCUUUUGGCACAAUGAUACCAGAUGGAUUGGUUACUACUGCAGGCCCCGAAAUUGAUGC